CUAGUCCAGGACGCAGUCGACGCCGUCCUCGCCCGCGAUGACCACCGCCGCCAACGGAGCGGGCCCCGCGGGGCAUGCCCCGGCCCCCGACGGCGGCUACGGCUGGGUGGUCGUGGUCGCCUACUCCUUGAACACGAUCGUGGUGCUGCAGCUCAUCGGAGUGUUCGGGCUCAUCUUCAAGGACCUGUUCGCCACACUCGCCAUGCCCGCCACGGACAUCGCGCUCAUCCUCAACCUCAACAUGUCGUUCAGCUUGCUGCUGGGCAUCUUCACGAACGCCCUGAUGAGGAAGUUCGGGUACCGGCAGACGGGGGCGGCCGGCGCCGUGCUGGCGGCCUUCGGCAUGGUCCUCACGGCCUUGUCCAGCUCCUCGCCGGCGUUCCUCUUUAACUUCGGCAUCGUCAUGGCGUCCGGACUGGGGCUGAGCGCCCCCGCCUUCACCGUGGCCCUCAACUCGUACUUCCGCGCGCGGCGCGGCGCGGCCACGGGGCUGGCCAUGGGCAUCACGGGGGUCUCGGCCAUCCUGCUGCCGCAGCUGGUGGGCGUGCUGCUGCGCGAGUACGGCGCGCGCGGCACCUGCGUGCUGUUCGCCGGGCUGGCCCUCAACGGCGUGGUGGCGGCCGCGCUGCUGCAGCCCGUCGCGUGGCACCGCCCCGCCGUCAAAGCGGCUGUGCCGGUGGUGCUGGAGACGCCGUCCGUGCAUGAGAACGAAGACGACCCCAUGGUGGACAAGGAGUUCGUGCUGACCGCGCUGCCCGUGCUCAAGCCGCUGGAGGAGGGCGACGCCGAGGUCGGCGGCCUCGGCAUGCGGCAGCGCACGCCGUCCACAACGUCCACCUACUACACCGCGCGGUGCCCGAGCAGCAACUCGAUCUGGGCGUCCAGCAACGUGCUCGACAUGGGGAGCAGCGUCAUCACCCUGGACGACACCAUCCUAGAGGAAGUCGCCGCCACGCCGUUGCACGCCGAGAUGGCGCUCAAGGCCGUGAAGAGCGAGGCCGGCGAGGACGGCCGGCGCGGCGCUGCCCGGCGCUGCUGCGCCUUCAUCGUGGACUUGUUCGACCUGAGCCUGCUCAGCAGCCCGUCCACGCUGAACCUGAUGCUGGGCGUGUCCGUGGCCUCCUUCGCCGAGAUGAACUUCACGGUGUUCGUGCCGUUCAUCCUGGCGGACCGGGGCUUGGACACGGCCAGCAUCGCCAACGCCAUGUCCGUCAUCGCCAUGGCCAACACCGUGUUCCGGCUGCUGGCGCCGCUCGCCCAGGCGCUGCUGGGCUGGUCCUCCAAGAACAUGUACAUCUUGUCGCUGCUGGUGGUGGUCGCCGGGCGCACAGUGCUGGUGGUGGUGGACUCGGACUCGGGUGUGAUGGUGGUGGCCCUGGUGCUGGGGGCCAGCAAGGGCCUGCGCACAGUGUUCUACCACAUGAUCAUCCCCGACAGUGUGCCGCCGGAUCGCCUGGCCGCCGCCGUCGGACUGCAGGCGGUUCUCAACGGCAUCAUCUUCCUCGCCAGCGGCCCCGUCUUAGGUUACAUCAGAGACACGAGCAGAAACUACGAUGUGGUCAUCCUGGUCCUCAACGGGAUCACACUGCUCAGCAUUGCGAUGUGGGGAGUGGAGUAUUUGGUGCAAGUUGUUCGCCACACUCGGAAAAAGCAGUGCUCUUGAAACGGAUCAAGACGAGUCUGAGGACUCAUUUUUAACGUGAUACCUGAGACAGGAAGCUGUAUCUUUACACCAAGGCCUAUUUAUUAAGUAGUUGUAUUAUGUGAGAGAUAAGACUGAAAUUGAAUAAAGGUGUUGAGUAACAAUAACACAUGACUGUUGAGCAUCAUGGUUUUUUUUACCGUUUUCAGCCAAAAAUUUAAAAUGGCGUAAAAUAGUGUGUACUUGAAAUGGUCAUGGAUAUAUGAAAACAUUCAGUAGCCCACCUUCAAUUUUUACGCAUAAAAUGUAUUUUGUUUUAAAAUUUAUCCUUUAACAAUGCUUUAUUUACACUGGCAGUUAUUUACAGUUUUCAUCAACUCUCAGUCUUUGCAUACAAAAAUUUCCCUGGUAUUAAAACCGUACAUUUAAAUCAAAGACUACAAAUGGUGAUGACAGCUUGUUACAUGAACGUCACCCAUGGGGUUCGUCAACAAGUAUGACCCUUUGACAUGCGAUAUGGAAUAAGAAUUAAUUGUGGAUUGAAGCUGAAGUGCUAACUGACAUAUUAGACAUGCACAAAAGAUUGGUCUAUGUGGUAACAGACCAUUGGUCAUAUAGUCAUUUUGAUAUUUAAAAAAUAAUCUAGUACAUAAAAGAGAGCAGUAUCCAUUUCACAUAGCAUUUGGUUGCACAAGCUAGUUUAAAACUAAGACUUUUGAAGAAAAAAAAA